AUGCCUGCGCUUCAGCCUUUGACGCCUAUCACCACACUCCCCACCGCCUCACGUUCAGCUUCUGGCUCGCCUUUGCCGGGACGUCUGAAGCCCAUGCCCAAAUCGUCCCCCAACUCGCCUCCCCCCGAACGCCGCCAACGCGAUAACGACCCUCUCCCACCCGGCGCACGCGCCCGCCGAGGGAGCGCCCCAGCAGUACCAGCCCCCAUCAUGAUCGCCCUCUCCGGGUGGCCCGACGCCGUCUACAUCUCCUCCUCCAAUAACCCCAAGAAACGCGGUCGUAGCGGUACUGCUACUCCGCCGGAAGUGUAUGACGGGGUGGGCGGGCCGCGGAUACUGCCCCAGCACAUCUCUCCUUCUAGGGGCAAGACGCCUGUGGGCGCGCCGAGUCGCCGGGGCGCCCCACCAAGUGCGAGACCGGUAAUCCCGGGUAGACCCUUCCCCGCACUGUCGGCUGAUGCCGCCGGUGCCAGGCUGCCGAAGACAAGGACAAUCCUCCCAAAGCCCCCCGCGCCUCCUACUCCUCCUCCUCCCGCACCCCAGCACUCCAUCUUCGCCACCACCUGCCCGCACCUCGCAGACCCCUCCCUCGGACCAUGUCCCUUCCCAACCCACCCCCACGACAUCCGCGGCAUGUUUCCACCUACGAGCCACCUCGAAAAGCUUUAUGGUAAGAAAGUCGCUGUCGAGCCUACUGUUGGGAAGAACGGGGCCAAGCGGCCGGUUGCGCAGCCUUUGCCGGUUACGAUUGUCAAAGGGAAGGGCAAGGGGAAAGAGGUGCCGAUUUCUUCUUCUGUCUCUUCGGACAAGGGCAAAACGCCUACAUCCCGCCCUGCGCUCUCCCACCCGACACCAUACCGCCACUCCUCCGACCCGCGCUACCUCCCCUCCUCCGCCUUCCUACACAAAGGCCGGGCUUUACCGCUCGUACCUUCAUGGUCCGGCGCGUCGUCUGCUUCGUCAAGUAGGGUCGGUACGCCGGGGGUCGAUUCUUCUGUCAAGCAGGCUGAGGGAGAAAGGCAAGGAGGAGGAGACGUAGAGAUGCAAGACCCAAAACUGCCCACCAAACGACACCUCUCCCCUUCUCCUUCUUCCUCUUCCUCCCACUCUUCCUCUUCCAUGCUGGAGGACGCACACCCCAACAAAGUCCGUCUCCUUUCUCCCUCUGCCCCUUCCACUUCCACUUCAUCAUCUUCCUCAUCAUCGCCUUCUACCACCCCCGUUCUGAGCGUUACACCCAAGUCGACUUUGGAUUCAGCACAAGAGGCGGGUUUACUAUGGAAGCGCGUUAUCGUCAACUAUCCCGAGCUUAUGGACGUUGACGUUGACGUCGAUGUUGGCGACCAUCAUACUGAGGCAGUAGUGGAAGAGGAAGGGAUGGGUAUGGAAGUCGAUACAGAAGUCGGAGUUGGUCGAGUUAUCGCUUGA